AUGAGCACUCUUCCUUCUAAUUCAAUUGAUGGUGUUCCUGUCUAUACAUCCACUACCUUGGCUGAAAGUUUUGAUCAUAUUCAACACUUUGCGGGUUUACCCUCUACCCUCUACCCUUUACCCACUACCUUUAGAAUUAUAGAAUUUUCCAAACUUCUUGCACCUUCAUCUGCUCCUGUGUCUGAGACAAGCAACUCUGUUUCUCCGAGUCCCACUGAACAUUCUCCUGCUAGAGAAACGAGAAAGUCCAAACGCAAAGGUGUCCCAGAAAAAGUGGCUGUGGAAACUGGUGAUGAUAAUAUUGAAUCUGUUCAACCAGAUAAAAGACGAAGAUCAGCUGAGUCAAUGAAGGGUGAAAGUGACCCACCAGUCCAGCAAGUGUUUAAAACCUUGAGAUCGUCAGUCAAGAAUAAGGCUUCUGCAACUGUUUCAACCACUACUACCAGAAAAAUGAAAGCUACAACAAGGUCAAGAGGAAGGAGUGUCACUCCCGAUGUACAAACUGCUUCUGACAGUCCUGACACCUCCAUUUACAAGCCACAAUUUGUUUCUGCACCAGCUCAAGGCAAGUGGUCUACAAUGGUGAGACGAGAGCUUAUUGUUCAGAGAUCAGUUGAUGAGAAUCAAUUGAAUUCUGUUUGUGAUAUUUUACCCCUGCUGAGUGAGGUUGGCCUACUGAAGACUGUAACAUCCAUUCGUCUUUACUCGAAGCUGUUGACCUAUGAGUUUUACUGCAAUCUGAAUGAAGAAAUUGAGAACUUUACUGGGACGCGGUGCCAGCAGAUUUUCAUUAGAGGGCAGUGGUAUGUGUUCGGCCCAGACAUGAUUAAUGACUACUAUGAUUUGAAGGCAGUCGAAGAAGAAGAAAUUAUAGAUUGGGAUUUGGUUGCAAAGACUCUCACUGGUGGUCAGACUUCAGCUUGGCCUACAGGAGAUCCUGACACCUUGUCAAGCUCGGUGUUUACCUCCAAGUAUGUUAUCCUGCACCGCAUUGCACUGCACAAUUGGCUCCCUUCUGCACACUUUCAUACUGUUGGGAAGCAACUGGCUGCUCUUCUGUUCAUAAUCGGCACCAAGAUGUCAAUUGAUCUGGGAAAAUGGAUCUUCUAUCAUAUUAUCACCCUAAUUCAUCCAAGGGAACAGAAGGUAAGACUUCCUUAUCCUAAUCUCAUCUUUGGAGUUCUGACGUCACAGGGCCUGGUACCAAUGCAAAGUGAGAUUAUUACUCUGUCUCUGUUGUAUACUGUUGAUCCGCGACUAUUGAUCGGCAAACAUAUCCGGGAUGUUACGCCAGUUAAUGCUCCUCCAUCCUCUGAAGCUAACACUACUGUUGAGGAUUCGCCACAUGCUAAAGAUGUGCAGCUUCCCUACGGGUGA